GCCCUGGCGAGGUCGGUGUGGAUCCGCUGGCGCUCUGGCCCCUAGUCGCGGCAGCGAUUCCCAGUCCGCCGGCCGGCAGAGCAGGGAAGCAGGGAAAGGGGCGGGCGGAGGCGGGGCGGCGUCCGACUCGGGGAGAGCCGAGGGAGCAGCGCGGCGACGACGUCGCCGGCUCUAAAAGAGGCGAGCAGGCGGCGGAGCUCCUUUCCACUUCUCAGACCCUGGAGCGUCCGGGACGCAGAGCCCGGAACUGGGGGGACGCGGCGACUGCGGGGGCCCGCCGUAGGUGAAGCAGAGCGUGCUGGGCGGCGGAGGUUAUGUAUGUAACUUACCUGUGGUUAAUGAAGCAGGAGAGAACAGACAACCAGAAACAGGCAUCUUGCUUUUAAGUCAGAACCUCCCUGGAAACAGAGACAUGAAUGUCUGCGACUAUACUUCUUGACAAGAAGUUAAUAGAAGGAAAGGAGAUCACCAGUUAGAGAGCAGAAUUUCAAGUAACCAGGAUUUGGUAUUUAUUACCUCCAACCAUAGACUUCCCUUGCCUACCUUUAAAUCAGAGAGAACUACAAUCAGAACCCAGACAAGGCAAAAGAAUACACUUCUUCUGUAUCUUUUGAGAUCAAAGACACUACAAUGUCUAGGAAACAAAACCAGAAGGAUUCAUCAGGAUUCAUUUUCGAUUUGCAGUCCAAUACUGUACUGGCCCAGGGAGGGGCUUUUGAGAACAUGAAAGAAAAGAUAAAUGCAGUGCGUGCAAUAGUUCCCAACAAGAGCAACAAUGAGAUCAUCCUGGUUUUGCAGCACUUUGACAAUUGUGUGGACAAAACAGUACAAGCAUUUAUGGAAGGUAGUGCCAGUGAAGUACUGAAAGAAUGGACAGUAACAGGCAAGAAAAAGAACAAAAAGAAGAAAAGCAAACCAAAACCUGCAGCAGAAGCAAGUAACAAUAUCCCAGAUUCUAGUAAAUCGGUUUCCAUUCAAGAGGAGCAGUGCGCACCUUCUUCAGAAAAAGGUGGUAUCAACGGUUACCAUGCUAACGGUGCCAUCAAUGAUACUGAGUCUGUGGACUCCCUCAGUGAAGGUAUGGAAACCCUUUCAAUAGAUGCCAAAGAAUUGGAGGAUCCAGAGUCUGCCAUGCCAGAUGUGCAGGACAGAACAGGAUCCAUACUGGAAAAUGGUGUCUCUAAUUUUGAGGCCAAGUCUUUGACUGUGCACUCUACCCAGAAUUCUCAACAAAAUAGGAAUAUGGGAAAAUCUCUCACAAGACCUCAGUUUUCAAAUCUGGGCAUGGAAGAUGUUCCACUCUCCUCCACCAACAAAAAGCUAGGUUCCAAUAUUGAAAAAUCUGUGAAAGACCUCCAACGUUGCACAGUAUCUCUUGCACGAUAUCGAGUUAUAGUGAAAGAAGAGAUGGAUGCUUCCAUUAAGAAAAUGAAACAAGCUUUUGCUGAAUUGCAGAGCUGUUUAAUGGAUCGAGAAGUGGCAUUGCUUGCUGAAAUGGACAAAGUGAAAGCUGAAGCAAUGGAAAUUUUGCUCAGCCGACAAAAGAAAGCUGAACUUCUAAAGAAGAUGACUGAUGUGGCUGUUCGAAUGUCAGAGGAGCAGUUGAUUGAGCUCAGAGCUGAUAUCAAGCACUUUGUUAGUGAACGUAAAUAUGACGAGGAUCUGGGACGAGUAGCCCGGUUCACCUGUGAUGUAGAGACCCUAAAGAAGAACAUCGAUUCGUUCGGACAAGUGUCCCAUCCAAAGAAUAGCUAUUCAACCAGGUCCCGAUGUGUCUCGGUUGCAUCUGUGUCCUUGAGCAGCCUGUGUGAUGCCUCUGCUGCUUCCUCCUCCACCUGUGCCUCCACUCCCAGCCUUACGAGUGCCAACAAGAAAAACUCGGCACCGGGAGAGACUCCCGCGGGCACGACUCACGGCAGCAGCGGCCGGCCCUGUCAGCCUCAUCGAGAGGUGUUGCCGGCGAACAGACGAGGAGGACAGGGCUACAGGCCACAAGGCCAAAAGAUCUGUGACCCCACAAACCAAGGGCAACGUGACAGUGUGGGCCGUUACAGAAAUAGCUCAUGGUAUUCGUCUGGCUCCAGGUAUCAGAGUGUGUCAUCCCGGGCACCAGGAAACGCUAGUGAACGCAGCCAGGCUCACUCUGCAGGGACCAGUGGCACUGGAGCCAGUGUGGAACCCAGCCAGCCCAAGCCCUCGUUCAAAAGGGGUUCCCCCCAGCGCAAACCCAGGACCUCUCAUCCUGAAGCUGUGAGCUCUUGAGGGAAACUCCAGUUGGCCUCUCUUGUCUAUGCCACACAAUUCAACUUGGUAACUGGACUUGGGGGAACUUAUAGUUAGAUUUAAUAACAAAAAGAAAUUUUCGCCUAUCACUUUUUAUGCCAUUCUGAAUAUAUUUGGUUUCUUCUUUCCUGAUUUCCCCUUUACCAUUUUCAGAGGGGAAGCUGUUUUUUUCCCUUGACCUUUCCCAAUGAUAUGGAUUAAUUCUGAUUGGUCCUUUCUACCAGGAAUCAUGGGCAACCGUUGCCAGGUUUCCCAAGGUGAAGCAGGGUUCUUCCCAGGGCACCACCAGGACUUUCCGUUGCCCGAAGAGGCCUCCCUCAGCAAACCAUUCAGGCCCCCGGAGGAGACGGGUCAGAGCCAGUCCUGCUGCCUCUCCAGUCCGAGCAGGGCCACACAUGCCUGUCAGGUCCCCUCUCAACAACAGUUUCCCCAGGAGAGGCGGCGAGGGGCCGUGCCCCGCACUCAAUCAGCCAUGAAGGGGAAAUGUUAUUGGUGAAAAGGAAGGAACACCAGGAAGUACUUGAUAAUCUUCAUCUCCUCCCAGAAUGUGCCCGAGACUGACACUCGGAUCAGGGUUUCGGUUGCUGGCUUGGCACAGCAGCGUAACCCUCGGCUUCUCUUCCCUUAGAUUGCAAACCAGUCUUUGGGAAAGUAGCAUUUAAUUAAAGUUAAAAGAAGGGGAAAAAAUUUCUUUGUUUCAAUGUUUGAAGAUUUUUGUUAUUGUUAUUCUCUCUCUUUCCUGAAUUGUAUUCUUAUCCUGAACCAAAUUUAUAGCAAUGUAAUGAGUGUUCAUCUAAGGUGUUACCCAUCAAAAACUUGCUGCAGUCAGUCUUUAUAGUUGCAUAAAUAAAAACAACUGCACAAAUAGUCCCACAUUUGUUUCCUAGCAGUGAGUGAUUUCAUUUCACUACCUGUUUUUCUUCGGGCCUCAUGGGGUAGAAGUCUCUCAGACAGCUUGUUUGGGGCUUAAAUGAGGGUAUCUGAUGCCUCAGUCGUCUGUCCACUGCUUAGCUUCAGAACCAAAUUAAAAUGUGCAAGUGGGGAUGAGCCAAUGCAGCUGCUCCUGUGGGAAGGAUUCGCAGGACAGGGAACGGUGGCUUUCCAAAGGAGAGCUUACCAGCUGAGCAAAACCACAGCUGCCGGCAGCUCUCCCAGGCAGCCAAAGGCUGCAUCAGCACCUUCUCCUCCCGGCCUGCCCCUUGACAGGAGUAGUGAAUGUAACGGUAUAAUUGAGCGCCUGCAUGUAGCAGGUGGCACUGGUGCCAGACCCUUCCAGCCUACCCCACCCCCAGCAUCUCUGAUUUAAUAACAGCAAAGCUAUUUAUUUCUCCAGCAUUUGUUCUCCCAAGUCUGAAGCCCCGGCAGUAAGUGGCAGUGGUGCAGAACUUAGCCGCCUCAGGGCUUCCCCUGGCUCUGGAUGAAGCUGAGCUGCCAGGGUUCAGGUUGGUUGAACAGAUUUAGAGAGAAAGAGAGAGAGUGUGUGUGUGUUUCAGUAUGAAAACAGUAGCGAAGGAGUCCUGGGAAGCCAUUUUCUAAAAGGCUGAUCACCUCAUUUCGGAGAAUUUGUCCAACAGCACCAUCAGCCUGCUGGAUGUCAGGAGAAAGCCUUGCUUUUCUGAUUAAUUGCUUACCUUACUUUAUAAGAAAUCCAGAGAUUGAAGUAACCUUGAAGGAUUAUGAGGUCUAUCCCUGUAUCCACGCAAAACUGUAUUAACCACCCAGACAGAUGGGAAACCACUGCUUGUCA